GUCAUGUCACUUUGCAAAGUUUAUUAUAAAAUUUCAUGAAUGCUUUCAAAUCUUGGAAAUAAUAGGAGUGUAAUUGGAAAUAUUGAGGACUGGGGAUGUGCCAGGUAUGAGCUCGCCAGGCCCGUCGACCGCGGCGCCCCCGGCCCCCGCCGCGCCCCCGGCCCUCGCCGCCCCCGCAGCGCCCCGCCGCUGGUUCCGCCGCCGCCGCCCCAAACACAGGGUGUCCCUUCCAAACACCGACGAACCACCGAAGAAGAAGUGCUUCUCAUACAUUUACGACAAACAAACCAAGAAGUUCCUGGGCCGAACAUGGAAGGGCUGGCUCAAGAUCAUCAGCUACUCCGUCAUAUAUCUCAUGUUCCUUAUCACGUACAUGCUCUUCUUUCUGUACAUUACGUUGUUGAUUGUGAAAAAGAACGGUCCAGGGUAUUUGGAGAAAGGUUUCCUGUCAGUAUUUGAGGAGUCUGGGAUCGGUCUGUCAGCCGUGCCGACUGCGCUGGGUGCGUACCCUCUCAUCAGCUACACGGAGGGCGACGCGGAGGCCUACGAGCCUUAUGUGAGGAGCCUGAGCCGCCUGGUGGGCGCGGCGCCCGGGGGCCCGGCGCCCCGCGGCCGGCGGGACACGCGGGGCGCCGAGCUGGGGCCCUGCGGGGUGCCGCCUUUCGGCUACGGCAAAGAGCCAUGCGUUAUAGUAAGAAUAAACAAGCAGCUCGGCUGGGACCCCAAACCUUUGACGCCAGAGAGUUCUACGUUUAAAGAAGCGCCGAAAGAGGUUCAGGAUUGGGCGUCAAGGGAUCGUAAGCUGUGGCUGUAUUGCAGCGGGUACUACCCAUGGGACAGACAGCAUGUGGGGGUGUUGCAGUACCACCCGCGCCCGCCCGGGUUCGACCCGGCCCGGUACCCGGCCAACAUGACGUCACACGCACAGCUGAUCGCCGUGCAGUUCACCAAGUUUACUCUAGGCAUGUCUCUAGUGGUGCAGUGUAAGCUGUUCUCGGAUUCUGGACAUUCGGCCAUCAGUUUCGUGUUAUAUGUUGGACGUAAUAGAAAUAAUUCGGAAGCACCCUCGGCCUCGCCCUGAAAUGAUUUAGUAUGUGUCUAAGAAAAGUAAUUUUAUUGGUGAUAAUAAUCUACUGGUGUUUACUAUGUAACAAUGGCUCUUUAUUUUUCCUGAUUGUAAAUAUUGUAAUAAAAUUAAUUAAGACUAGG